AAAUCAAGGUUUAUAGGUCAAUGCUCUCUUUGGACUGUGUCCAAUCUAGUUGGUCGUGGCAAGCGAGCUCAACAUCACAAGUUUACUUCCAGCUCGUUUUCUUUAUUACGUUUUAUUUCGUCAUCUUCAUUGACCUUUAAAAUGGGAUUCUGCUGGAUUCGAGGAGUUGGAGAGUGCGUGGUGAUUGCUGUUCUGUUCUACUCGGUUCAGUCUACAACUACGAGGUACUACACAUAUGAAGAGGAUGCGCCCGGGACAGAGAUUGGAAAUCUGUCUCAGGAUUUAAAGAUAGACCCAGCAGAGGACCCUGGAACAUCUUUCCGCUUCAUGCAGGAGACCAAUUCGUCUGUGAUUCAAAUGAGGGAGAUUGAUGGACUUUUAGCAGUUGGGGAAACGAUUGACCGAGAGCAUCUCUGCCCAAGGUCCCCGCGAUGCUUUGUCACCUUCGACAUAGUUGCCUUCUCCAAAGAAAAGUUUCAGCUCAUCCACGUGGAGAUCGAGGUAAAGGACAUCAAUGAUAACUCACCCCACUUCCUUCACAACGAGACGACCCUUGAGAUAUCCGAGAAUGUUCAGGUGGACUCACGAUUCCCGUUGGACAUCGCUGUUGACCAUGAUGUCGGCAAUAACUACAUCCAACGUUACCAUAUCUCUCCCUCCAGCCAUUUCAUAGUUGAUGUGCGUAGCAGGGAGGAUGGACUGAAGUAUGCUGAACUUGUGCUUGUGAAAGCAAUGGACAGAGAGGUUGAAGAUUCCUACACAAUUGAAGUGACGGCAACAGAUGGGGGAGAGCCACCCAGAUCCGGAUCAAUGACUGUUCAUAUCAAAGUGCUGGAUUUUAAUGACAACAGCCCAACGUUUGAGCACAAUUCACUAAAAGUUGAACUUUAUGAGGAUUCACCCAUAGGUUACCAAGUGCUGAAAGUGCAUGCGUUUGACCCAGAUGCUGGCAUCAAUGGCGAGGUAGUGUAUGAAUUUGUAGAAGACACGUCAUCUGAAGCAGUGCGCAUUUUUAAUGUAGACCGAAUUUCCGGUGCUGUGACUUUAAAAACAUUGGUUGAUUAUGAGAAACAGAGGUCUUAUGAAUUGAACAUUAAAGCAUCCGAUUUAGGCAGAAAUUCUAUUCCAUCGACCUGCAAAGUUGUUGUUGAUGUUGUAGAUGUAAAUGAUAACGCACCAGCAAUCACUAUCAAGCCAAUGACCUCGACUAGUGAUGGUGUAGCUUACAUCACGGAGGCCGCAGCCGAGGAAAGUUUUGUUGCGCUGAUCAGCACCUCGGACAGUGACUCUGGCUCGAACGGUUACGUGCGCAGCAGCCUACACGGCCACGAUCAUUUCAAGCUGCAACAGGCCUACGGGGACACUUUUAUGAUUGUAACAACCACCACUUUAGAUAGAGAGAAGAUACCAGAGUAUAACCUCACUGUAGUGGCAGAAGACCUCGGAACACCACCUUUCAAAACAGUGAAGCAGUAUACCAUCAGAGUGACCGACGAGAACGACAACGCCCCCCUCUUCAGUAAAUCCAUUUAUGAAGUUUCUGUCCUGGAAAAUAAUAUCCCUGGGUCAUAUAUAACUACUGUUGUAGCACGUGACCUUGACAUGGGUAAAAAUGCCAAAGUAUCAUACAAACUAAUUGAUUCAGAUGUUGUGGGUGAGGCCUCCAUUUUGACUUAUGUGUCUAUAGACCCAAUGUCAGGGUCAUUGUAUAGUCUGAGAUCUUUUGAUUUUGAAACUGUCCAACAGAUUGAAUUAACCAUCCAGGCUGAUGACAAGGGAUCACCUCAGCUGUCAAGCACAUCCAUGAUCAGAAUCAAAGUCGUUGAUCAGAACGACAACUAUCCCUAUUUCACCUUUCCUGUUAUGCUGAAUGACUCUGCUGAAGUUCCUCUUCCUGUCAAUGCACCACUGGGGUACCUGGCCCUAUGGGUCAAGGGCCAGGAUGAGGAUGAGGGCAUGAAUGGUGAGCUCAGCUUCAGAAUCAUACAAGGUGACUCUAACCUAUUUUCAAUCAAUAAAGACACUGGAGAAAUAGCUCUAAAACAGGGGCUGGCCUCUGCGAUUGGAAAUGUUUUGGAAAUCAAAAUUGCAGUGAGUGACAAUGGGAGAUCCCCCCUUUCCAGCAGUGCCAUCAUUCGCUUUGUUGUCACAGAUUCGCAGCUCUCAGACGACCAAGUUGUCAUUGUACUACGUUCAACUGAUGAGGAAGACGCAGGCUUGGAUGUUUCAGUAGUAGUUAUCAUAAUGCUCGGCGGGGGCUGUGCUCUGCUGCUGAUUGCCAUAGUGAUUGUUGUUAUCACAUGCAAGUUGAAUCAAGGAGGGAAGGAUCAAGACUCCAAGAGAGACGUGUCUCACGUCCUGUUUGAUUCCAAGCAUCAUCCCAGGCUCAACUCUGCAGAACCCAACAUGUACGGUGGACCAAGGGGUUUCCUCAAUGAAAGGACCUCUUCAUCUCCUGAUGAGUCAAGCCUGUAUGAGGAGAAAAAUGGAGACUUGGAGUCACAGAUGUUCCUGCCUCCUAAGCCUUUCCUACCAACAUCUAUGUGGCAAGGGGAAAAAUACUGCCUGCAAAUGAGUGGCAUUGACCAACAGAGCGUAAAGGACAGUGGCAAGGGAGACAGUGACUUCAAUGACAGUGACUCUGACAUCAGUGGGGAUGGAGGCAAGAGGAACCUCAGCACCUUCCAGCCCUGGGCCAAAAGUUCCUUCCACGCCGCUAACACCCUCGCUGUGGAUUGUCAAGGCACUUACUGUGUAAUACCAACCCAAAGCUUCCAGGCCCCACUAGACAAUGCAUACACAAUUGGCUUUUCCCAAGCACCGGUCUACAACAAUCCCCAUGCCUAUCCCCACUCCUGGAAAGACUUUGGCUACAGCAACAGCAUUCCCAAAGCAAGAAACACCAUGCAGACGUUCUCUCAUCACACAGGUACACUCCCCUCUUACUUCGCCCAUCAAACGAGACAAUCUGCUGCCGGACUUGCUGAAAUUCAGGAGCUCAACCAAGAUAUUACUACAGUGGCAACCAUAUUUGAAGUUGCCACCAUUUUUUAAACAAACUGCCAAGUAAAUAUACAGAUGGUUAUUUAUAGAUACUGCAGUAUUCACUAGAUUUUACAGAUACUGGUCAAACUGAUAGACAUAUGGACAUUUCAUGUAUGAAAAGGAAAGCAACUUGAUGCAUAAUGAAAACAGCUGAUGUAUAUGUUCUUUGAUUCAAUUGUGAAGAUGUAAGUUGUGUAUAUAUUGAUAUUCUUAUAGUGUGAACAUUUGUAAAAACAUUGGUGUUUGUUUUAUGAGUAAACACAAUAUUAAAACAAUGAGAGAUGCAGUAUGUGCAUAAUUGUUUAUGACAUAAGACCCUUUCCCUGUCAUCUUGUUUAGCAUGACUUUUCUCUCUUUACCCACUGGGCUUGACCUUCCCAUUAACCCAUAUAUAUAUAUAUAGUGGCUUCAGAGUAUUUACACCCCUUGACUUUUUCCACAUUUUCUUGUGUUACCGCCAUAAUGUCAAAGUGGAAAUAUGUUUGUACAAAUUUUUACAAAUUAAUAAAACAUGAAAUGCCUUGUGCCAAUAGGUG